UGACUUGUUAAAUCUAAAUGCACGGAUUGAGAUGUUAUUUACUUCAACAUUAGAUUAUUGUGUGACUAAUCGGACGAAAAAAGUGUACACACAUUUCAUUAAGAAGCAAGCCACUCUGGAGUAAACGGACCAUUUUAAAUUAAUUUAUUUUUAAGAUGUGUGAAUGGCUCACUGCAGAGUCUCGUAUAUUAAAGUAAUAUACUUUUUAUAUGCUGAUGCAGAGCAUAUCUUGACAGUUGACAAGUUUUAAGAGAAGUGCAUUAUCAUUAUUUUAUAAUAUUUACCAGAGCACUAGUUGUUCAUUGGUAUAAAAAGUACAGUGUGAUGAAUCAUAUGGAUUACGUAAAGUCCUAAAAAAGUAAUACUUAUAGACAAAUGAUAUUCUGGUCUCAACUCAACGUCAAUCAGUUGAAUGGAUGAACUACAGAACUAAUACACUUUAAAUACUCUCAUGGUAUUAUUUUUUACAGAACUUCUAAUAAAAAAUGAAUGGACUGAAAAUGGACAAACGAUGGAUUAUUGUUAUAAUCGUACUAGUCAGCGCCCAAGACAGCAGCGGUUCGAUUGGCAAUGCUUGCUAUGGGACUAAUAUUGCAUGCGAUUUCUACAGCCUUCAAUGUCCACAAGGAGAAAUCAUUCACCUCAAUAAUCUCAUCGCUGGGGGGAAAACGAACCAGACAUGUCGAUCCGAGCAACACUGCUCAGGAGGGCUUGACUGCUGUUCGUAUAGCCAAGGGGACAUAACCUCUUCUUUCAACCUAGAGAACACGUACCAUACAUACAGAAACUGUUCUGGGCGACAAUCAUGUGCAGCCAUUCAGGCUCCCUGGCAGCGCUUGGACGGUCAGACGUUUUCGUCGUAUGUUCAAAUUGAAUACAACUGUGAGAGAGCUUCAACGAAGAUACCUAUGUGUGGAAGCAAUCCAAGCAUUUACAACUCUUCAGCGGAAGUAUGGUUCGACGGCUCAACAGAAACCUUUGAUCCCACCAAGGCCAGCAAAGAAUGCAGAUGUACAAUCAAGAAUAACCAAAUAGGGAGGGGUCUAGAAUUGUACAUGUAUCUACUGGAUGUCCGACUAGAGAGCCACUAUGUAGGGAAUGUCUCAUCCGCAGCGUGCUCCAGUGCGCAAUUCUCCUCAGAAAUGAUUGUCAUUCAAUGUGCCAAUACAACUCAGCACUGGGUGACUAAUUUCAAAUAUUACGAUGCAAACAGUUUAACUCACCAGUAUUCUAAAGUAUUACAAUCCGGGCAGACAACAGAUAUUGGACUCGCAAGCCUUUAUAAAGAUGGACAAAGAGACGCUCCAGCUAUGGUUUGGAUCAGGAUUGCUUCAGCAAGAUCGACUGACACAUUUGAGAUAAAGUGCGAUGAAGUAACUCCUGCAGACUUCACAACAACAACUACAACUGUUGCAACAACGACGACAACACCAACUACUACAACAACUACACCAACGACUACAACAACUCCAACGACAACGACAACACCAACUACUACAACAACUACACCAACGACUACAACAACUCCAACGACAACGACAAUACCAACUACUACAACACCAACUACUACAACUACAACAACGACAACACCAAAGACUACAACGACAACACCAACUACUACAACAACAACGCCAACGACGACAACAACAACAAUACCCACAACUACUACAACGACACAAUCAACUACAUCUACAACGACUACAACUACAACACCAACCACAACAACAUCAGCACCGUCGACAACUAGGACGUCCACUUCAAAUAUAAGAACAACAACAACAAAACCUGCGUUGACCAGCAAACCUACAGUUAUAACAGCCCCAACAACAACAUCAACAUCUGAACCUACAACAGUUAUACCUGUUACACCAAUGCCUUCCGCGACGACGAGGCGAACAACUAAUGCACCAAGGACAACUUCCGGUUCCGCCCCAUUGGUGAAAGACAGUGACGACAAUGACACGAAGACAAAGAUAUACCUCGCCAUUUUGGUUCCAAUCGCCGCCGCCAUCGCAUUCGGAGUGAUCUUCUGCAUGUGGCUAUACUGGAAACGAAAUAACAAAAGACCAUUGAAACUUCUACACCAAAAGAAACAAAGAACGAAGUCCGAGAUAUACAGGGUAUUUAGUAAUCCAAAAGGAGACAAUGUUCUUGAAGAUAUAAUCAAACGUGAACACGGACUUAGAACUCCGUCCCUCCAUGAGUCAAAGCCUGCGUCGGUGUUUGGGCCAGACCAGCCGUCCUUCAGUCAUUACGUGUCUGGCGUUCCAGAUCCGUACGAAGAUGCGUUUGUGAUCGGACCCUCGCACGCGCACGAUAAUCCACUCUAUGAAGACGUCGAUGACAAAAAAUCGCCUUUGGAUGGGAACGGUCCAUAUGUUAUACCAUUGAACGUUACUGAGGAAAACCCGGACAAACUCCCCGAGCCCCAGUCUAAUGGGAUAAGACCGCGAACUACUUAUAUCAAAUUAAAACAUGCUCGACCAUCUACUAAAAGCAACGUGCCAGCGACUUCAGAUCUUACUGAUUCUACAAAAGAUAUUGCAGAUGUGUACGAGCCCGGCGAAACCAAAGGCGACUUACAAAAUAGUGCUAAUAAGAUUCCAGGCACUCCACGACCGAUAGUUAAUACUAACCCAGACGGGUCGGUGACAGUGCAUAUUGACAAUGUAAGCAAUCCAAGUGUGCCAAACUCCGCACGAUCCACUCCUGGCGCGUCUUCGCCCGUCUCCAGUAGAACAAGGUCCCCGGAGAGGGGAGGUAACGGAGCAGUCAUACAAAUUUAAUCCGAUUGUGGUUAUGUACUCUGAGAGUUAGAAGCAAUUCUCCUAUCGUAUGACGUCAUAUUUGGAUUACAUGUAUAUAAGGGUUUUCAAACAAUGAUGUUCCCAGUUUUUUUAUUUUUGCAGGCUUCAUGCCGAGGUGCGAUAAAUAAUUAUUAGUUUUAUGUAUUCGGUAUUUCGAAUCAAGUGAACUAAAGUAGCGGAAGAGAUUCGUUCUUUAAGCUUAAGUAUAUAUUCAUACUAAUAUGACACGUAUCUUAAGUGCUUUGUGGUUAUUUUGUUUAAAGAAAACGAUACUGUGAUGAACAUAAUAAAGAUGUUACUAAGUUUGUUUUUGUAUAUAAUUUGUAUUUUCAUAUUUCAAUUAUGCCCUGUCAUUAUAAAAUGUAUGAAACUUCUUUAUUGUACAAAUAAAUAUUUUGAAAUAAAGAUUAUUAAUAAUGUA